UAGUUGUCUUCAUCUGCAUUUGUUUGUGUGUAUGGAAUAUGAAGCUUAGGUCGUCUGCGAAGUCAAAUCUUCUAGUUGAUUCCGAGAUGUCCAUUGUAUUAUGUGUUUCCCUUCAGAUGUAGAGGUCUUCAUAAUUCAGUCCACCACCAAAAAAAGAGAAAGGGUGAGAGCAAGUAGCCUUGUCUGACUCCGGUCCUCAUUUGGAAUGCAUCUGUAAGUUGUCCUCUCCACAAUAAUGCUGAUGAUAAUAAUGUAACGUCGUUUUAAAUGUUUGGUCAAUCAAUAAAUUCGAAUAAAUUGAACUAUGAGUUAAUCAAUAAUCUGAUGUGCGUGUAUGGAAUUCGCAAAAUCACUAAAUUAACUAGCUUGACUAAGAAAUGUAAUUCAUCACUGAAUUAUAGAUGUUUUCCUUCCCAACAUACAUUUAUAUUUAUGUAUGUGUAUACAUGUAUUACGGGAGAUGAUCGUCCUGAAUACGAUGGUAUUUCAUCUCAAGAUGCUGAACAGUUGGAAAAACUCAAGGCUACACAAAUACAGGGAAUUACUAAAGGUUCAAUUCAAUCAUCUGACCGUUUGAUGAAAGAGCUAAGAGAGAUUUAUCGAUCAGACAGUUACAAACAAGGGAUUUUCACCGUUGAACUACAAAAUGACAGUCUUUAUAAUUGGAAAGUUAAAUUAUACAAAGUUGAUGAAGAUAGUGGAUUGCAUAAAGAUCUUCAAGAACUCACAAAUCAUCCCAAAUUAGAAGAUCAUUUAGGAUUACAAUUUCUAUUCAAAGAAACAUAUCCUUUUGAGCCACCAUUUGUCCGUAUUCUUUAUCCAGUAAUUGAAAAUGGUUAUGUUUUAGCCGGUGGAGCAAUUUGCAUGGAAUUAUUUACUAAACAAGGUUGGUCAAGCGCUUAUGAUAUCGAAUCAUCUAUUAUGCAAAUAGCUGCAACUUUAGUGAAAGGUCGUGCACGAAUAAAUUUUAGCGCAACAGAUGAUCAAUAUUCACUUCGCCGAGCUCAGCUCUCCUAUCGAGGUCUAGUUCAGAUUCACGAAGAAAGUGGUUGGUACACUCCCCCAAAAGCAGACGGUUAA